AUGGUAGAGGCCUUCGUCCAGGGCACGCGCGAUGUCUCGAGGAUUGCUGCUCUCGCGCCGCUGCGGGCGACAAAAAUCGUCCGAAAGCUCCCAGCGUCCUCCGACCGAAGCUUCAGAUACCACAUACCCAGGCGGAUAUCAAACCUGACGACCCCGAAGAAUACCACAAGCCAACCGUGGCAGCUUGGCAAUCUUCCUGUUAGGACUCGAUCACCUCAGGUCAAGAUUCUUUUGGGGCAAGGCGUAGAGUCACGGUGGAAGUCGAGGCCAGUCUGGCUGGGAGACCUUGUUAGAAAAAAUGAACACAUCUCAAGUUCUGGGUUUUUGGGACUCCAGAACAAUUGGAAGCACGUCAGGGACAGUCAACAUAGAGAAUCGCCCUCGAUACAGUGGCGAGAAUUCCAUACUACUCGCUUCGCGAGAGACGGAGCAGACAAAGAAAGAGAAGGGCACGCAAAACAAGAAAGAGCAGAAGGUGCGUCAAAAUCAGAACAGACUCAGGGCGGAGCCUCUCAGUCUGGUUCGGGACAGCAUCAUUCCCAUCAAAGUCGUUUCUACGAUAGACUGCACAUGCCGCAGUUCCACCGUCCUACGAAGGAAGAACUCCUGGCUGCGGCCACAGGUUUCUGGUCUCGCCUCAAGGUCCACUUUAAAUGGUUCACCAUCAAGAGCACGAGGCCUUUCAAUCUGGAUGAAAUUGUCGGAUUCAUCUCGUGGAUCGCGUUGGGCCAUGUCGUCUGGAUCGUGGUCGGCACUACCACAUUUGUUUCUCUCGCCAUUCUAGCUAUAAAUACCGUCUUUGCGCAAGAAACGCUCGCUGGUUGGAUCGGGAACUAUUUGACAAAAUCAUCUGGCCUCCAAGUCGUUUUCGAAUCGGCCAUUGUUCCCAAAUGGGGUGAUGGGGUUAUCACAUUCAAGAAUGUAUUUGUCUCCAGAAGACCCGGCCGAGUGCAAUCCCGCGUCACCAAAGGAUCCCCAGUGGCAGCUGCUCAAGCAUCGUCGACUGAAGAUCCCGUGCCUCCAGAAGAACAGAACUACACUCAGUUUGACAUCACAGUCGGGGAAGUCAAUGUAACCCUGUCGUUCAGCAAAUGGUGGAACUCCAAGGGCCUAUUGCAAAAUGUGGAAGUCAAACACGUUAGAGGAGUCGUCGACCGGACUCACGUCUUUGCAACUGGUGAAGAUAUCGAUCCAAAAACAUUUCGACACGAGCACAACCCUGGAGAUUUCGAGAUCGAGUCUUUCAAAAUCGAAGAUCUUUUGCUGACAAUCCUCCAACCAGAGGGAUUCCGCCCAUUCCCUGUCAGCAUUUAUAAUGCAGAACUACCUCGUUUGCGGAAGCAGUGGCUGUUCUACGAUUUCCUCUGUGCGAACAACAUCACGGGAGAAUUCGACAAAUCUAUCUUCACCAUCCAUCCGCGGCAGACACACUCAUACACAGGCACACAACUCAACGACCCCGGAGAUCCAUCCAACGAACCUUGGAAAAAACAAUCACGAAUUCGUAUUGAUGGCAUAAAUAUCGAUCAUAUAAAUCGCGGGGCGGUUGGCCCCUUGUCUUGGAUCCAUGAAGGAAACGUUGACAUUGUGGCGGAUAUCAUGAUCCCUAAUGAUAGCGAGGAAUCCGUCAUGAAAGUCAUGGCUGAUUUCUACGAGAGGAUGGAAGCCACUUUGACGUCGAGGAAACAUCUCGAACAGCAGCGUCUAGGCGAAAUUUCUCCGGACGAUGAGCCGAUCGCCUCCGGUGGAGUCGUGUUGUCAAUUCCAAACUCACAAGCAGUGAGAGAAGAAGACAAGCGAUUCAUAGUAAUGGAUCUCCGAAUCCACCUGAAUGAUGUUCGCGCCGUUGUCCCGAUUUUCACCCGCGAUCUAUCAUACAUCAACAACGCUCUCAUCCGUCCCAUCGUCGCCUACAUCAACUCCCGAAGGACGUUCAUUCCAAUCAACUGUCGUGUGGUCAAGCGUCUCUCAGAUUUUGAUGGGAGCUGGACCGUAUUUGAUUCCGGAUUGAUGGAUGAUUUGUCGGCCGAAGUGUACGACGCCUUCGCGCGAGAUGUCACUGAUGAGCAGGCUCGGUUGAGGCGAUUCAAGAAAGUUGGAUUAUGGAGUUUGCAGCUUGCAGUGCAGGCCAUAUUUUUGGUAAGCCUUACCGCGAAGAUCGUCCCCCUGUGA